UCGGGAGCAGAGAGCAGAGUUUGGACCGUCGGUGGGACAAAACCCUACAGAGAGUCAAACGUGCUGAGCCUUUUGAGGUGGUCAGAGUGGGUCAGCAUGGCCUCAGCCCAGCAGCUGCUGCAGGCUCAGAGGGACCAGCUCCUGCAGUGGCUCAGCCCCAACCUCGCUCCUCUGCUGCACUGGCUGUGGGACGACGGGGUGUUGACCCGUGGCCAGUACCUGGGCCUGUUGGAGCGCCUGCCCGCUAAUGCGGCGGCCGCCACCCUGGAGAUGGUGUGCACGAGUGAGGAGGGCAGCCAGGGCUUCCUGAAGGUGCUGGGAGAGGUGCAGGGCUACUACUGCCCCCAGCUGCAGGCUUGGGUGCAACGGAGCUGCCAGUUGGACCGCAUCAAUGAGGUGGUGCAGGAGAGAACUCCAAUCAAAGUUGAGGAGAAAAAGAAGUCGAAAAAUCCAUUUGCAAAACUCCUCAAGGGCAAAUCGAAAGAGUUCUCUGUAACUCAGGACGCAAAAGAACAUCAGAUGCAUCCACUUCGAAAUGUGAAGUCUCCAAACUUAAGAGUUCCCAUCAGUACACAUAAAAACACCCUGCUGAGCCAGACUGAGCGAAUGAUUUGCUACUCCGAAGGGGGAGGCGAGGCCUCUAACUCACGCUCUCACAUCGAGGUCCGCUACACCGACUUGUUUGUGACAGAGGAUGACGAGUCCAUGGAAAGCAGCCAGCAUGAAUACUUCAACGCCAUGACCCGCCGGGCACGCAUCUACGCCCAUCAGUUCUGCCACCAGAUCCGCCCUCGGCAGCUGCUGGACCCCCCAGAGGCCUCCAGGCGCCCUCCCAAACGCGUCAAGGUCAAGGGGAUCGCCGGGAUCGGGAAGAGCACGGCAGUGCAGAGGCUCAUGUAUGAAUGGGCGCUGGGGAAGAACCUGAGGGAGUUCACAUGCGUUUUUGGCCUCAGCUUCCGUGAGCUGAACCUGAUCGAUGCUCCAAUCAGCCUCCUGGAGCUUCUUGGGACUAGGUUCCAGUACCUGCGAGAUGUUCUUCCAGUUCUUCUCGACACGCCCAGCAGUCUACUUUUCAUCCUGGAUGGACUUGAUGAGUUUAAACAUCAUCUUAACUGGAAUGGCACUGACAAGGACAUUGGCUUCGACACCAAGGUACCUAUAUCAGAGCUGAUGGUCUCACUGAUCAAAGGCAGCCUUUUACCAAAGUCCUCGGUCAUUCUGACAACCAGGCCCUCUACAGAUGCUCCCAAGAAGUUCUUCCAACGUUGCUGUGUGGUUCUGGGCUUUGAGGAGGACCAAGUGAAGGAGUACGCCCACAAAUACUACAGUGACCCACAGGUGGCCGAGAAUGUGUACAACUACAUCGCAAUGAACGACAGUCUGUUUGUCCUCUCCUUCAUCCCUCUCUACUGCCACAUCAUCUGCACCGCCUUAUCUGAGUUCUUCUCUGCAAAUAGAGAGGAGGACAGCAGACGGUCUCUGGAGGUCAACCCACCCAGGACGGUUAGCGAGGUCUACUAUUGCUAUCUCGUCACUGCUAUAAAGCACCAUGCACUGAAAGGCAAAGCCGACCGCAGCACCCCCAAAUCGAAAGUCCUUUCUUUGGCUAAGAGACAGCUGACAGCCCUGGGGAGGUUAGCCUAUGAGAACAUCCUAAAGGGAAACAUCUUGUUUGAGCGGAAAGACUUGGAGGAGUUUGGGCUUGAGCCCCAAGAGAUAAACAGCACCUUCCUAUGUCAAGUCUUAGUGGUCAUCGAGGAGGCCACAACAGAGAUGUUUUCCUUUUUCCAUCUGACCGUGCAAGAAUAUCUCGCAGCUCUUUAUUGUGCAGUAAACCUCUCAAAAGAAGGGGACAUCCUUCAGGCUCUGAACUUCUGGUGCUUUGGGGAACUUCCCAGUCCUUCGAGCUACCCACCUCUCAUAGGCCACGAUCAACAACUCAACCACAAGAACACAGACAAUGACAGCAAACCCGAGAAGUCUCUGCAGAUGUUUACCCGCUUUUUUAUGGGAGCGCUCCGCGCCCGGCUGGAGGGUCAGCUCCAGGGUCUCGCCCAGGACCCCUUUCUAGAGGAAGGUCAGGAGUUUCCUGUCCAGCUGGGUCAGUGGUUCCAGGACCAGCUCAGAGGCAGGACGAUGUCCAACGAGGUCGCCCUGAACCUGUUCCACUGCCUGAUGGAGCUACACAUUCAGGAGGCCACCAGCAGGGCCGCGCCAGAGAUCAAGAGGCUGCACCUGUUUAAGAUGAAGCUCAGCGUGGUGGACUGUGCGGCCUUGCACUACGUGCUGCAGUUCUCCCCUCACACGCUGGACGAGCUCAACUUGGGCUACUCAAACAUCGGGAACAGGGGGCUGAGCCGCCUGAGGCCGAUCCUACACCGAUGUGAAACACUUUACUUACGCUACAACUGUUUGGACAAGAAUGCAGCUAUUCUGGAGUCUGACAUUUUGAAAUCCAGAGAUUGCCAGGUGAAGAAACUCUAUAUGUGUGGGAACAAUCUGGGCCCAGACGGGGUGUUGGAGCUGUGGUCAGCGCUGGAGCAGAACUCCACUGUAGAGGAGCUCUACCUGGACAUCACGGGCAUCACGGAGAGAGGCACAGAAAACAUGGUCAACUGCCUCAGCAAGAACACCUCCCUGAAGACCCUUACGAUUGCUGGCAAUGACAUUGGAGCGGCUGGGAGGUCAAGGGUCAAGGAGCUGAGACGCCACUGCCCCAGCCUGCGCAUCAUCGGCAACUUUGUGGACGACCUGGGGCUGCUGCAGGCCUAUCUGGACUGGGUGCAGGAGAUCCGGGAGGACCCCGACCAGAUGAACGCGGUGAAGAACGCUGACGCCCUGCAGUCGGUCCUGAAGGGACUCAGGGUGGCCGACACCCAUGGAGAGGGAGAGAACGCCAUCAAAGCCAAGGAGCUGGAGGCCCAGAUCCUUCAGCUCCUGCAAGCCAACUGAUGGUUCAAAGUUCCAAGUUCAAAGUCUGCUUUAUUGUCAAUUUCUACACAUGCCAAGACAUACAAAGAGAUCGAAAUUAUGUUUCUCA